AUGAAUAGUCCGUUGCUUAAUAAAAACGUUGUGCGACUCCCGCCGCAGUAUGAUGCUUCCGGCUUUCUACAGACGUGUCCAAUCAAUGAACAGUAUCGAAUCCUCGCAGGGAUCUGCAGAAGCGAGAGUCAAUUUCCAUCUCAUUGGCAAACAGAAAAGAAUAAUAAUAAUAAUAAUAAGAAUAUGAAUAAAGAGAGUGAAGUUCACGAUCAAAGUUGGUUAGAAGAAAAGGAUAAUAAUCCUGCUGUAUUUUAUGCUGCUCGCUUGGUCGCUUUUACAAGUGAAUGUGGAUGGCAAAGGUCGCCAUUAAAUAUGUUAAAGGAAGAGAUAUUAAAGAAACAGCAGCAAGUAGAAAAAGAGAGAGAAGAAGAAGAACAAAAGAAGAAGAAAGAAGAAAAAGAAAAACAAAAGGAAGAAACGAAUGAAAUGGUUGAACCGGAAGUAUAUUAUAAUGAAGAGGAAGGAUACUAUUAUGAUGAUAAUGGAUACUAUGAUGCCGAUGGGAAUUAUUACUACUAUGCCACAACGGAAGAAGAAAAUCCAGAAAAUGCGGUGGGGAACGUAGAAGAGAGUUGUGAAGAAAUAAAUAAAGAAAUAAAUGAUGAGAAUGAAAUGGAUAUUCCCUGGAAUAGUGAAGAUCCUUUUGAAUCUAAUAUACCACUCGCAGAUCCUGAUCUCGUUAACACGGCAAGAGAAGAAAGGCCAUAUAAACGUCUCUUCCCAGAUGAAGUGGAUUGGAUUUCUUCACCUUUUGUUGGUGGUGUCUGUGGACUGCGGCGAGCUGCAGCGCAAUUGGAAUCUGCAGUUCCAUCUGUAGAUGUAUUCUUACAUCAAUGCGGUCUUUUAAUGAUGUCGUCAACAGAUAUGCAUAUUGUUUCUCAUCCGCAUAGGAAUGCCAUAUAUAUAGAUACAGAGGAGUUAUCAUCUCAUGGUAUACAUGUUCUUGCGAGUAGACGAUAUCUUCACAUUCUAUAUGUAUCUCCAAUGAAUAAUAAUAAUAAUAAUAAUAAUAAUAAUAAUAAUAAUAAGGAAUUGGAUCUCAUGUCGGCUGUUCUCAACAGUUCACCACAGACUGGUGUGUUAAUGUCUAUUCCACUCCAUCAUAGUGAGAGUACAUCAUCCAAUAAGAUUGAGAUGAAAACAUCAAAAGACUUUAAUGGUCAAUAUACCGUUUCUUAUGGGAGUUUGGGUAAUGGAUAUGUAUUAGUUGAGAUUUACACAGCACCUGCAGGCGUAACAAAGGAAUCCAAUAAUGGAAUAACACUUUCUAUGGUGUUUGGUAUUCCCUCAGAUGCCCCAUUUCGUUCUCUACCACUAUCAUCUCAUCUUGUAAAGAAUUAUGAACGACGAGUUAUGCAUCAUAUGGAAAAGAGUGGUUGUUUAAUGGACGAAUCACUUAUCUCGGAAUCUACAGAAAGUACAAACUAUAAGAAUAUUCCCAUGGAUCCCUCACUUCCUCUCUUUAGUUAUUCAGAAUUACUUCUUAAUGAGAUCCACCACCACAAUAAGGAGAGCAGUGUGGAUGUUCUGAGUAGUUUGGAAUAUGAUGCCGCAAGUAACGCUUUACUUCAUUGUAUGGAACGUGAGAAUGUUGAGCGACAGGCACGAGAAAAGGAAGAAAUAUUUUAUAUGAAACACAAUAUGGAAUCUCCUCGUCAACGAUUUAUACGGGAAUCUUUAAUGGAAGUAAUAGAAACAGAAAGAAAAGCUCGUCAAUCAUUAGAAGAAGAAGCAUUGGUAGUGUAUACUUUUAAUCCACAAACAUCUUUUCAUUUUAUUGCGGAUAGGGUGAUACCAUUUCUGAAUCACUAUGAUAUGAGUGUGAAGAAACUCUAUUCAAAUGAGUCGUCUCAAUGGAAUCGAAUACUUCAACGGUUUACAGAAAUUCAUUCUCAGAUUCAUACAAAUGAAAGACGACGACGGGUAAGUGAACAAUUUACAUUUGAAAGACGAAUAUUGAUAUUGCAGUGUUCACUGGAUUUGGAUAUUCUCAUACAACAAGAAACCACAGCACGUGCGGUUUUAGAACGUGAUGAAGUUAUCAUGCGAUAUGAAGGUCAUCUCUUUCAUUCUUGGAUUGAUAUAUUAGCCUGCAGACGAUUAGAGGAAUUGCAGGAAAGAGAAAUAGCAACAACAACAACUAAUAAUAAUAAUAAUAAUAAUAAUAAUAAUAAUAAUAAUAAUGCCUUAGUUGUGGCUCAUAGAGGAGGAGGAGGAGGGAAUUGUCUACAUCUCAAUUCUCUGGUCUGUGCGGUGGGGAAAACACCGAUGGGGCACUUUGCCGGUUCAUCUCCACAAGAACAGAAACGACGAAACUCCUUAUCUUCUUCUAUACAUUCACCAACAACAGAGGAGUUUAUGCGGGUAAUGACGGAUGGAUAUCAGACUGCAGCUUCGCCUAACCGUACACAUCCUCUACAUCGGGUUUGCCUCCCUUUAGUUUAA